UACUGUUUCAAAGGCAAAAUCUUGAGCAGUUAAAUGCAGAAAUAAUUAGGGUGAAAAAUGAUUUGGACAUCGAAGCUGAAUUGCUACGCAGCAAACAUGCCGAAUUGGAUGAAAUCGAAUCUAAAAUUCAAAGACAAAAAGUUCUAGUGGAAACUAUUUUUGUUGGCACUGAUAUGCCUAUUCAAAUCAGACAAAACGGGAACAAAGUAGACAAUCAGACACAGACAAGUGAAUAUGACACUCUACUGGCAGACAUUGUACUAGCAGUUUCUACAGAAGAAAAAUCUAAACCUGCUUCUGCAAAAGAACUCGCAAGAAAUGAAACCGAUAUCCAAGCUGAAACACUCGAAACGGAGCAGACGAAGUGUGAAAUGACAAAAGCGAAACUGCCGAGCAUGCAAAUGGUGCUACAGCAAGACAAAACUGAACUACAGCGAUAUAAAACGGCACUGGAUGAAGAAGCAUCUGUACGGAAACAAAGUAUUGACAACGAGAAGACAGAAUUUGAAUUAACAAAGAAAAAAUCAGACCUGGCGAGGAGGAGGAGGCGAUGACAAGACGGGAGAAGGCAGAGGAAAUGGAACUGCUGAUUCAAAAACAACAGGCAAAACUGGACACGAUUUUGGAUGAGAUUAAGCAAAAAAGAUAUGAACUGUACAUGAUUACUAUGGAGAUUGAGGAACGUUGGAGAGAUGUUCCCCAACCAAAAGUUGAAAUAUUAGAAGAGGCUGUCUUGAGAAUUAAACAACCAGAGCGGACCAUUGGGCAAUCAAGACAUGAAAAUCAUCAAAUAAACCUGCUAGUGGAAUCGUUAAGAAAAGAGAAAAAGCAAGUGGAGCAGAUCAAGAUUAAACUUCAAGAAAAAGAUAAAGAAAUCGGAAACCUGAAAGCGCUGACUGAGAAACAAAGGGACGAGUUUGUACUGGCAAAAUGUGAAGCACAACAACAAAUAGAGCAUAUGGGCAAUAUUUUAGAAGACUCAAAGGAGGACAACAAAAGGGCAAAAGACAUGAUAAAGAAACUUCAGGAUGAAAAGCUAAUCAAUGAGAUCCUUCUUGAAGAAGCUCAAAGAAUGACCCAUAACCUGGAACUCAUGAAUGACAAUUUAAAGACACAGAAACAAGAACUAGAAUAUAAUAACCAGUUGUUUGAAAGACAGAAAAGAGAUUUGGAAGUAAAACUACAAGACUUGCAAAAGAAAAUGGAAGGAACGGAAGCACUGGAAGACAAAAAGAGCAGGAUAUGCUCGAGGAACUGAAGAAUAAACUAAUGACUCAGACUGAGAAAAUUGCUCAAGAAAAUAGAAAUUUGAGUGUGGAAAAAAGUAUAUUUGAACAAAAAUGGAGCGAAUUACAAAAAGGAAAACAAUACGCAG